AGGUGACCCCACAAGUGUGGAAAGGAUUGUUAAGUUAACCAAACUUAGCACUCUAAAUUGUGUACUGAACUUGGCUAACUCAACUUCACCCUUCUCAUCAUGUUCAUGUUCAUGUUCAUGUUUUGACUCAAUCUCAGUGUUGCAAUUGCAAUUUGAAAAAGAGAAUCUUAGGAUUCUUUGAGUGAUCAGAAAGAGCAAGACACGAAAUGCGGUCUAUUCCUUUGGGAACCUCUGUAUCUCCAACUCCUAUAAACACUUCAAAGAUAUCAUCUUUUAAUAUUAAUUUUAGGAAACCAAGCACUUUCCCAUAUUGGCCUUCACCUCCUUCUCACCAAUUCUCUCUCUUUUCUCUCUUUCAAUCAGGAUUAUGCAGAGCCAGCCAAGUUGUUGAUUUGUUCCCAACCGUGUCUCCUGAAAUAAUUGUUCGGGAGGCGAGGUUAGAGGAUUGUUGGGAAGUGGCAGAGACUCAUUGCAGUUCCUUCUUCCCUGAAUAUUCCUUUCCACUAGAUUUUGUGCUGAGGAUGGACAGAUUGGUGGGCAUGUUAGCAGGAUUCUCUCUACCAAAUGGUUGCAAUAGAAUCUGUUUGGUUGCUGUUGUUGGCAGCUCACUUGGUGAAACUCUCUUACUUGGAAGUGAAGAUUUCAAGAUUGGUGGUUUUGAUGGGAAAUUCAACCUCAACAAGGGAUAUGUGGCUGGUAUAUUAACAGUAGAUACCGUUGCAGAUUUUCUACCUAGGAAGGGGCCAUUGCGACAGAGAAGGACCGGCAUUGCAUACAUAUCAAAUGUGGCCGUUAGGGAAAAGUUUAGACGGAAGGGAAUAGCAAAACAAUUGGUAGCAAAGGCAGAAUCACAGGCCAGAAGUUGGGGCUGUCGUGCUAUUGCAUUACACUGUGAUUUGAAAAACCCUGUGGCCACAAAGUUAUACCAAGGUCGAGGUUUCAAAUGUAUCAAGGUUCCAGAAGGAGCCAACUGGCCUCAACCAAAGACUUCAUCGGACGUAGAGUUCAACUUCAUGAUGAAGCUUCUCAACUCAGCGGCUUCAAAAUCUAAUUAGAUAAUUUAGAGUAGGGAUAUUUAUGUUCUGAAACAUAAUAUAUUUAAGAA